AUGGUGAGAAACCAGUAUGACAAUGAUGUCACUGUAUGGAGCCCACAGGGGAGGCUGCACCAGGUUGAAUAUGCUAUGGAGGCAGUUAAACAAGGCUCUGCAACAGUGGGUGUGAAGAGCAAGACUCAUGCAGUUGUUGUGGCCCUCAAGAGAGCUGCAUCUGAUCUUGCAGCACAUCAGAAAAAGAUCAUUCCCAUUGAUGAUCACAUUGGUAUAUCAAUUGCAGGCCUCACUGCUGAUGCACGUAUCAUGAGCCGCUACAUGCGUAAUGAGUGCCUUAAUAAUCGCUACUCACACGAUGCACCACUUCCUGUGAACCGUCUCAUCAGCGACUUGGGGAACAAGAUGCAGGUGUGCACACAGCGUUAUGACAGACGACCAUAUGGUGUGGGACUACUCGUCAUCGGAUAUGAUGAACAAGGGGCUCAUCUUUAUCAAACAUGUCCAUCUGCCAACUAUUUUGACUGCAAGGCAAUGGCAAUUGGAGCCCGGUCUCAAUCAGCACGUACAUACUUGGAGAAGCAUCUUGAUACAUUCAAAGACUGCAGCCUUCAGGAUCUCAUCAAGCAUGGGUUGAGAGCUCUUCGAGAUACUCUCCCAAAUGAUGUGGAGCUCACUAUCAAGAAUUGUUCCAUAGCAGCUGUUGGAAAGGACAUGAACUUUACUAUCUAUGAAGAUGAAGAGGUGGAGCCUUUCUUGAAGGCCAUUGAGGGAGAAGAGCGAAGGGGAGGUGCACCACCUCCACCUGAUGACGCACCUCCUUUACCAGCAGCACCUCCUGAGGAGAAGAAAGAACCAACUGAACCAGUUCCAGAUGUUGCUAUGGAAACGCAAUGAUGAAAUUGACAUGCAUGGGUCUAACGGAUGACCUUGUUACUUGGCAUCCAUGAUUUUGCAAAUGUCUGUUACAUUCAAUCCGGAGUUUGUCAAGGGAAAUCUUUUCUCUUGUCUUGCCUAAGAAAUUCUUCUCAAUAUAAUCCAUUUGCUACAGGCA